AGCCCUGUAGGCACACUACACACACCAUUAUUCGUUAGACCAAGAUGUGUUGACCUGGGGGAAUGCUCCAUGGCGCGAGACAUUUCCGACGAGAGCAAGUAGGUGCUGCCAGUGGGUAGUUUAUCUGUGGAUGAUUUUUCAGUGGAUCGUGUCAGAGGACGUUUGUCGCUAAUUCUACUUCUGCUAAUGGUAGGUUGCCUACUACUUACUACGUGGGUUUAUUGACUAACCUGAACACAUGAUGACCGACACUUAUUUGGGGGAGACUUUUCAACCUUAGACCAGGGGUCACCAGCCCAAAAGGCUUCAUGGGCCACUUUAAUGGCGAGUUUUCUCAAAAUUUAAGAACAUUUUAAAAUAAAAACCCACUAAAUGGUUUGCAAAAUUAUUGAUCUCUUCUUAAAAUGAACUGCACAAUAACAAACAUGUCAAUAUAGUAGUCUGUCUUUUCUCUCACAUUUUGUAAUAAAUGUAUUUGUAAUAUUUAAACGGGACCGCACCGCCCCCCUUUUUUUUAGUUUUUGUUAAAUAAAGUAAUCAGUGCAAUUACCUUUUUCGUGACGUCAGCUAGACUCGAUAAACUUGGUCGUUUAAAGGGUAGGCUUUUUAUGUCGUUGACUUCGAUCCGUCUGGUGGAAACUUUGGCACAAGUCCCACAGCCAUAGAGCUUGGUCAAUAAAAUAGCAACGGGGCGAAAUCCACGUCAAGGGCAGUAGGUUAUGUAAUAUUUCUAACCUUGUUUUGAUGCACUUUAUAAAUGCUUGACUGAGUGGCGUAGCUAGAGGGGUGCGGACCGCACCGGGUGACACCAUUUUAGGGGUGACACCCAAUGGAAAAAUUGCAUAUUUUCGAUAUGUCAAGAAACCAAAUGAUGACCAGGAUCAGGACGCAUCAAAAUACUGCACUCAGCCUACCAUUGAUACUGACUCUACCGAUACCAGCAGCAUGCAUUCUGUACAGCAAAUAGUGGAGGAAAUGGGAAAGAUUCACGUGGAAAUACAACUAAAAGACAUGGAUGGUUUGGAAACUGAAAUGUCUGCUGAUAAUGAUGAUUUAAAUCAAGAUACUGAAAUCGUAAUGGUUAAUGACAAAAGCUGGCACAUUCGAUCAGAUGCUUCUCUCUGGAAUGUACCAAUUCCAGAUUAUUUUUGGUCUGAAAUUAUGUUUGUAGCUCAAUAUCCUCGAAUCUUCAAUAAAUUUAAGAGGGUUGAAUUGCGAUAUUGCAGCAUUAAAUGACGUAACCUAUCAACUUGUCUCAUCUUGCUUUGUUGGAUUCAUAUUGAAAACUACACACACAAAAUAAUAUAUUGAACCAAGUCCCAGUUUUUACGUCUUGGAGUUGUGUAUGUGUAUCACAGUUUUUACGUCACUUCAAGUGCAGUAACGUGAGAUGGGGGAGCGGGGGUGAAGUGAAGGGAACACUACACACAUCUAAAUCACUGGAGUUUUUGAAAGAAACGAUUUGGUCAUGCUUCCCAGCAGUGUUUCUUCCAGACCAUUCCCCCGUGGAGGGUGGCCGGGGGGGGGGCAUUUCAGAUUUUCGGGGGACCUGUGACAGUGGCCAGAAGCGUAGCUAAGGUUGGAAAAUGGAACGCCAAUAUGGGAUGUGAUGGUAUUUAAUGCAUCAAAAUAAUGUUUUUCAGAUUUGAUGAGGGGGUGGGCGAGAGAAUGAAUCAAUGUCCCCCUGGCGCCAAACACGCUGGCUACGCCUCAGCAAGGGGUGCUGAUUGGGUUGUCAUCCCAGAUGUCAAUUUUUAUUUAAAUGGAGGAGAAGGAUUUCAUGAAACAUUCAGAGUUUAUAUCGUUAAUUGGCACGUGGCAUUGUCAUGGCAAGUCUAUGGUGGCACUGACAUUAGCUUCUCCACUGGGUACUGUACCUAUCAAAAUUAACACUGGCUACUCCACUAGGUUACUUAUCUAUUAGCACUUACACUAGCUACUCCACUAGGUUGUAUAUCUAUCAGCACUUACACUAGCUACUCCACUAGGCUGCUUAUCUAUCAGCACUUACACUAGCUACUCCACUAGGUUGUAUAUCUAUCAUCACUUACACUAGCUACUCCACUAGGUUGUGCAUCUAUCAGCAAAAAACACUAGCUACUCCACUAGGUUGCUUAUCUAUCAGCACUUACACUAGCUACUCCACUCGGUUGCUUAUCUAUCAGCACUUACACUAGCUACUCCACUAGAUUGUAUAUAUAUCAUCACUUACACUGGCUACUCCACUAGGUUGUGCAUCUGUCAGCAAAAAACACUAGCUACUCCACUAGGUUGCUUAUCUAUCAGCACUUACACUAGCUACUCCACUCGGUUGUGUAUCUAUCAGCACUAACACUAGCUACUCCACUAGGUUGUGUAUCUAUCAGCAGUAACACUAGCUACUCCACUAGGUUGUGGAUCUAUCAGCACUUACACUAGCUACUCCACAAGGUUGUGUAUCUAUCAGCACUAACACUAGCUACUCCACUAGGUUGUGUAUCUAUCAGCACUAACACUAGCUACUCCACAAGGUUGUGUAUCUAUCAGCACUAACACUAGCUACUCCAUUAGGUUUUGUACCUAUUCUUAAAUACUAACACUAGCUACUCCACUAGGUUAUAUAUAUAUCAGCACUAACACUAGCUACUCCACUAGUUAGUGAAUAUAUCAUCCACAAAAAUUAUAACAAGUGCCAUCUGUACUGUCAUUUUUGUAGGGAAGAAUUGCAGAAAUCGAGGGUACUGUUGACUCUUGAGUAAAAGGAGAGGGGCCUGGGGAGCCCUCCCCAGCAAAUUUCGUCUCAUUUCAAAAUUAAAAGGUGCAUUUUGAAGUAUACCUGAAUUCAUUUUUUCUCUUAGACUAUAGCAACUGGAACAGGAAUGUUUCAAUCGUUAGAAGGAGACAUUAUGGCGCAGAGUGCCAUGUAUAAACUGAAUUGCGGCGUGCCCCCAUGGCUACUGUUUGGCACAAGCUUAUAUUCAACCCUAUACUGUAACAUAGAUCAGCGAGUGGGAAGGGGUGUAGAAUUUGAGGCUACUGAAAACAGUCGCACAUAUGAAAAAUGCAAGGGUGCAUUUUGGCGCAUUCUUGAAAUUGGUGUUUCUUUCAGGAAAUUUUGAGGGAGGAAUUUGAUAGCUUCCUGUGCAAAGCGGUACAAUUCGGCACAAUUGGGAAUAUGUCUUACAUGCCCAACAUGAACUAAAUGCAUUCCAAUUGUAGCGACCUUUUCCCUAGCUUAAUAUCGUUUAUUAAAUCUCUAUAGUUCCCAGGAAAUUUUUGAUAAAUUAAAAAUAAAGAAAAAUAUUUGAGCGAAUUACUUAAAUUUAGUUUUGCAACAUUCUACACUUGGAGAGAAAUGGAAGAAAUGCUAGUUUUAAAAAAAAAAUAUAGGUGUCACUUAACCUUAGAAACAUCGUGUGAGCUCAGCGAUCCCUACAACUGCAGUGGGCCUCGGAUAUUUAAGGCACAUGUGUCAAACUCAAGGCCAACGGUCCACAUCCGGCAAACAGUAAAAUUAUAUGUUACGCACUGGCUUCUCGUGAGAAAUUAAUCUAUUGUUUUAAGUUAUUAAUCUCUGAAGCCCUAUAAGGUUAAAUUAUAAAUUAAUUUUAUUUUUUACUUCGACACGGGAACACAUUUAAAUGGGUUUUAUUUACCCUCUUCUCUCCCCCCCCCCCCUCCUUUUUGUAAAUUGGUAAAAAUGACUCACUGUGUCCCCAAAUAAUGAAUGUCUAAAAAGUGUUCCGCCAAAUAAUGAAUGUCUAAAGUAUGUUGACAAAUAAUUAAUGAAUAAAUAGUGUGUCACCAAAUAAUGAAUGUCUAAAGUAUGUUGGCAAAUAAUUAAUGAAUAAAUAGUGUGUCACCAAAUAAUGAAUGUCUAAAGUAUGUUGACAAAUAAUUAAUGAAUAAAUAGUGUGUCACCAAAUAAUGAAUGUCUAAAAUGUUUGUUGCCUAAUGAUAAAUGUCUAAAAAAUUGUGUCGCCAAAUGAUGAGUGUCUAUAAAGUGUGUCGCCAAAUGAUGAAUGUCUAAAAAAAGUGUGUCGCCAAAUAAUGAAUGUCUAAAAAGUGGGUCGCGAGCAUGAAACGUUGGGAAAGUAUUUAUUUAAUGUUUACAGUUAUUUCCAUACACAACAAGUUUCACAAAACAACAUACGAUAACGUUUAAACAACUUACGCUAAUGGUGUGAUUUUAGUAUAAAAUUAAUGGCAUUUGUGUUUUUUGUAAAUCAGAUUGAUGUUUUAUAACACGAACUGAUCACGUGAUACAAUGGCAAUGACAAGACACUUACUAAAGACAUCCUUCAGGCAGUUGACUUCUGGAGAAAGGUUACUACCAGUGCGAGCUGCAUCCACGAUGAAUGUUGGAACUGACCAGGUUGAGGCCAGGCCGUUUGAGGAGAUUCCAGGUCCUAAGGGGAUCUACAAAUUGCCUGUCAUCGGCACAAUGCUGAUGUUUAAACCAUUCAGUGAGUGGACAUUCUAAAUGUAUCAAUUAUACAUUGACAUUUAGUGAGUGGACAUACUAAUUUUAGAAUUAUGCAUUGAAAUUUAGUGAUUGGACAUACUAAUUUUAUCAGUUAUACAUGUACAUUAAUUGAGUGGACAUUAUUUUAGCAAUUAUACAUUGACAUUAAUUGAGUGGACAUUAUUUUAGCAAUUAUACAUUGACAUUUAGUGAGUGGACAUACUAAUUUUAGAAUUAUGCAUUGAAAUUUAGUCAUUGGACAUACUAAUUUUAUCAGUUAUACAUGGACAUUAAUUGAGUGGACAUUUUAACAAUUAUACAUUGACAUUUAGUCAGCGGACAUUCUAAUUUUAGCAUUUAUAGAUUGGCAUUUAUUGAGCGGACAUAUUAAUUUUAGCAAUUAUACAUUGAAAUUUAGUGAGUGGACAUACUCAUUUUAGCAAUUAUACAUUGACAUUUAAUAAAUGGACAUACUAAUUUUAGCAAUUAUACUCUGAUAUUUAGUAAUAUUUUAAAUAGGAAUGCUUGUUUUAUUAAGGUAAAUAUUUUAUUCUUCAAAUUCUCAUAAAUUGUCCAUGCUUGUCUGUUUUUUCCGUUCACCAACCUGUACUUAGCAUUGAGUUCAGAAUUGCACUGAAGAUCAAUCAGCCACAUUUUUAAAAAAAGAGGAAAAAAAAAGGGGGGGGGGGUGGUGGUGGUGGUCAUCAUCCACACUGAAGGAGAAAGAGUCGGCACAAAUUUGAGAAGUGGCUGUGUGUUUUGAAGUCUGCAAACAUGUGAUCAAAUUCUUCCUAUAAAUUUGCAAUGGCAUCAAUAUACUUACUACCGAAUGGUGUGCCUGAGUCUGUGAGCACUUUGCAUACGUUGGGAAAUGGCAAAGGUUUCUCUGAGAACCCUAACACAAGUUCCACGUAGAAUGCAUAACGCAUAAGCAACAUUUACAAGAUGCCCCUGGUCUUGUAACUUUUUGUUGAGUACAUUCAGCUCUUGUGUAAUGGCAACAAAAAAAACAAACAAAAAAAAACACGUCCAAGAGCAAUUUAGAAUCACAUAGUACAGGAAGAACCAGCCCAUUCAGCUCCAUGAAGGCUUUGAAGACUAAAACGUGCUCAAAAUGUAAACAGGUGCAGGCAAUAUUUAUGAAUUACUGAUGCGAAGAAAGAUGCUGUUGUAUGAAGAAUAUCGUGACAAGGCUGACAGGCUGGGAUUUUCCCUCACUCGUCACUCGUACACAAUAGCGGCAAUUUUAAAAGGGAUUCUCUGAUACUGGCUCAGAUAGCUAUGAUUUACACAAUUAUGGUGGUGCAUUACCCGCUAAAUGAAUUUUUAGACUUUUGAUCUAUCUAUAUACAACAUUCGAAGCGUGUUUUCUAGAAAAUCAUGUUUGUCUAGCAAAAUGCUAUAAAAUAAAAACUUUCAUUAUGAUUUUAAAAUGACUUUUACCAUUGUAAUCAACGUCCAAAUCUAUACAAACCUAAUGCAAAUCUGAACUAGACGAGCGGUUGAGAUUCGACUAAGAGCGUCGUGGAGGGUUGCAGUACAGAUAUGAAAACGGGGAAAACGUGCGGGCGGCAUUAACAGUAAACUUUGCUGUCAGGUAUCGGGCCGCAAAAUAUCGUCUUGUGGGCCGCAAAUUGCCCACGGGCAGCGAGUUUGAGAUCCCUGGCUUAGUUGUUGAACGAUCGUUUCGUUCAUUCGAUCCUAAACCACCCCCCUCCCCCCAAUAUUUCUAUUUAAUUCCGUUGAAAUACAAAACAAAAAAGCUAAAUACACAAAUUAGAAUGUAGCCAAUUAGAAUGUAGCCAAUUAGAAUGUAGCCAAUUAUAAAAUAGAAUGUAGCCAAUUAGAAUGUAGCCAAUUAGAAUGUAGCCAAUUAGAAUGUAGCCAAUUAGAAUGUAGCCAAUUAAUGUAGCCAAUUAGAAUGUAGCCAAUUAGAAUGUAGCCAAUUAGAAUGUUUGGGUCAGAAAAAAACACAGUCAUUGUUCCACGCCGAUUGAAGUGUUCGGUAAGUGACAGGAAGCUAUAUUUAUCUAAAUUCUGAGAAGUAUAUAGGACUUUUCAUUGAUGCUGAAUACGGUGUGGUUGGGCGAUUUUAAGUAAAAGAAUCGGUAACAAUUUAAAACAUUAAAAAUGAAUUUUUACCCAUUUAUAGGGUUAAAAAUAUAUAUCAUUUUACAAAAUUUUCAAUCUUUCAAUGAUUCAUUCUUAUUUAUUUGAAUAAAGAAAAGUUUUUUGAACACACAUAUAAUACUAUAUAUCAAAACCCAGAAUUACUAAAGAAUUGCUAUUUUCCCCGAUUCUUCACUAGUAUCACCCCCUAACAUUUGAGCACGAUUGUCAUAUUUCGACUGCUGGGUUUUACCUUCUAUUUUUUGUGUUGUAUUUUGGACAGUGCUCUGACUGUUGUUUUUGAACUGUCGUCAAUAAUUAUUUUGUUUGUUGUCUUGGACUUGACAAAAUUAAAGCAGUUUUACUAUUCAAGAUUAUUAUAUCAUGCCACACUGCGUGCACAAAUCUAAACGGCCCAGCGGCUUUCAGCAGUGAAAAGCAAAUAAAUAAAAGAGGCAACUCACUAAAAUCAAUACCAGAAUGCAUGCUUUGAUAUCAAGAACCUAAAUGAUGACCAGGGUCAGGGUUCAUCAAAAGACGUUCCUCAGCCUACCAUUGUUACUGAUUCUCCCGAUCCCAGCAGCAUGCAUUCUUAAAAGCAAAUAGUGGAGAAAAUGGAAGAGAUUGGCGUGAAAGCAUAAAUAAAAGACAUGGAUGGUUUGGAAAUAGAAAUGUCCGCUGAUUAUGCUGAUUCAAACCAAGAUACUGUAAGUGAAUUGGUUAAUGAGAAAACUGGCACAUUUGAUCAGAUGCUUCUCUCUGGAAUGUACAGGUUUCAGAUUACUGUCGGUCUGAAAGUAUUCAAAUAUGGAGUACUUCGUUUCAGAACAAGAACGAACAGGACGGACCAUUCAGCAUAGUGAAAAGGCAAAAUGCUAAAUCUAAAUAAGGUUUUCGCCAAUUAACUAAACAGUGGAUCCACUGGAUGAUGCAAAAUGUCGAGAAAAUACUGCGGUUGUGGAUGGUUUGUGGACUCGUCAGGCAGAAAUUUUAUUGUUUUUGUUGCAGAUUGUUUGCUGUUAAUAUUACAGAAAAAACGUCCAAAUUUGUUACCGGCUCAAAGUCUUCCAAUACUCUCGCUAAGCUUUUAAUUUUUUCUUACGAAAUGUGUGUAUGCACUUCAUGUGAGCAGAGCUUUUCACCACUAAGACUUAUCAAUAAAUAUUUAUGAUCCAUCAUGGGACAGUCUUGGCUUUCUGAUGUGGCUCUGCUAUCAAUUGAAAGUGAUACAUUUAUUUUGAACAACUCAUUGACAGGUUUGGAGCUUUGAAGUCAAUGAAAGGAACAUUUUAAAUAAAGUUAAUUUAAUUUAAAAAUAGCUAUAACUUAAAAAUGUCACUGUUGUUAAAUAAAUUGACCUCAUGACCUUUGAUUUAUGUUCGUUUUUUAUUGUCAUUGUUAUGCUGUGGACUUAUUUUUACAAGAUGAAAUCCAUCUUAAAAGUUUGGUGGGGGGGGGGGUGAUGUUUGACACCAGGAGUUUACCGCACCGGGUGACGCUAACCUUAGCUACGCCACUGUUUAAUAAUUAGUAUAGAAUUAUUCGACUUAAUGCUUAUUAACUGCAAAAGGAUUUUUUAAAAUAUCUAAAAUAAGUGAUUUACUUUGCAAUCAGAAGACUCCACUGAUAUCAGUGACUUAUCACCAUUACUAAUUUUAAUAGGAUUUAUUUAGUUGGACAGAGUAAAAAAAAAUGUGUUUAACCUCUUGCACAUACUUUUCAAAAAAAUGAUUUUUUUCCCUCCAUCUAUUGUAUUUUCAGCCGAAUACACUGCAGAAACAUUUCACUGUCUGAUGGAUAAAAUGUUUGAUACAUACGGUCCAAUCUUCAGAGCGAAUUUCAGCAAUCGGGCGAUUUGUGUAUCGAAUCCCUUGGACUUUGAGACCGUGUACAGGAAUGAAGGAAAAUACCCAGUUCGGCCCCCCAUUGGACUAUUUGUGCAGUAUUUUAAGAGGAAUAACAAGACGAUGGGUCUGAGCUCACUGUAAGUGGUCGUAGAAUGGAGAGCUAAAAAAAAACAGCAUUCCAUGGAAUGGGUAUUUCAUCUCUUUGCUGGGGUUUGACACUUUUUAAUGUAAUGGGAAAAGUGGAAUGAGAAAUGUUUAGGUUUGAAAUUAAAAGACAGGACAGUGCAUGUGACGUUUCGGCUAAUUGCCUUCUUCAGCAGACGAGACAAAAAGCAAGAGCAGCAGAGAAUUAGAAAUUAACUAAGAAAUUAACCUCAUAUAUUAUUCUUGAUGUCAGGGGGCGUUCUGCCAAUUUGGGGCGGUGUGUGAAAAGUAAAAGGGGCGUCUCUUUGCUGGAAAAGUUUUCGUCAUUACUAAAACUUGAUCUUCCUUCCCAUUGCAGGAGCUCCCCCCCGGGGGGCAUCCAAUAAUCUUGGCACUUAGAAACUGGGUUUAUAUAAAUUUAGCAUAUCAUAAGAUAGGAACAAACCCCAAGUAAAAGUCACUGUAUCUGACAUCCUAAGGACUAGGCAAGUGUACAGUUCACUGACUCUUACAGCUUAAAAACUGAUUCCAUCGUGUACUUUUAGAAAAGAAGUCUUUCAUUUAUUUGAUUUGUUAAGUCGAGAUAAACUUAAUUUUUAAAAAUAUUUAAUUUGCAUGGACUCAAAUAUAUUAAAGUAUCCCCCAAAAUAAUCAAUUUUUGUGUGUGUAAACAGCACUGGAGAAGAGUGGCACGCACUACGUACUCCAGUCAACAAACGACUCGCGAAAGCUGACUCGGCCACACAUUAUCUGGAGCCACAAAACGCAGUUGCAGAUGACUUUGUCAAGAUACUAGGGUCACGUGAUCUGAAAAAUGUGGACCAGGCUGAUCUGUUUUAUCGCUUUGCCUCAGAAAGUAACCAUAUAUUAAUAAAAGCAACGGAUAUAUAUAUNACAUUUUACUGAAUGACAUAAAACUUAAGGAAAAUAUAAAGACAAUAAGAAAUAAUUAAUUUUAUAUUUUGCAAUUUAAUGAAAUUUUAGUCACAAAUGACGUUGAUACAAUGAAUUUCCAAUGUUUAGGAUUGCAAUUCGGGUUUAUUUUUUUAAAUUUGGAAGAAGCACUUUGGUUAUUUCUUUAAAAUGUGCUCUUAAGGCAAACCAAGUAUUCACAGUAGUUAAAGAACGUCUGGUCUAUUCUGGUUUCAUGACUUCAUAGUUAUUUAAAUAUUAAAUAAUAACGCUCUAACUAUUGGUCAUUAUGUUGGUUUGGCACUGACUUCAUAUACUUAUGCCCCCUCCUACCCCCGACGCCCCCCCCUACUCCGCGAGCUUUUAUCAAGGAGGCGGCUUCGCGGAGAGUUUCAUUUGGCGAUUAGUGGCAAGGUCUGAGGCCUACUGAAGGCUCAUGGGAUAGACUUUUUGGGUAUCCUUAACAGUCGAUCUACCUCAGGGGGGGGCGUUGUCCUUUUCUGGCCCUGAUAACGGAGUCCCUGCUAUUGUAGGCUUGCAACGUAGGUUGAUCAUAAGCAUUCUGACCAGUUGGCAACACCAUUUAAUUUGAUGGCUGUCCAAAUGCUAUUCGAUUAUGAUCCCUUCUUGGUUUUACUAGCUGCUCGCCAUCUCAUCUCGCUGUUUAAUAAUUUUCACUCGAAACUUUAAUUCAGAGCUCAGAUCUAACACCGGUAACUGAGGGUAGAAAUAAAGACAGUGUUAAUAAAUUGACAUUGGUCUCGAUUUGUAUUCUUGGGUCUCGAAGCAUCGGGGCUAUUUGGUAGGCGACCGCACUUGCUCUCCUGCACUAUUGUCUUUUUUCUGUAUCAAUUUUUGCGUCCACAACAUAAAACUGUCAAAAUAUUUAAACACUUGGCAUUGACGGAGCAGCUAAAGACUGAAAGGUAUGUCCAAUUUUUCUUGGGAACACUCUAUUGACAUGACCUUCGCCUACUGAUAGGACCUACGUCCUAUCUGUGUUUACUUUCUUCCAUAAAGUUGGAAGGCGCUUCUCGGGCUUUGAUCCUGUUCCUUGUUGAUGUUCAUGAUUCAUUUGUCAUCUGCAAAUAGCAAAUCAUUGAGUGUCUUGUGACUUAGAUUGGAAACGCAGCCCUGUAUCAUUCUAGAUUUUUACUUUUAACACAGAGUCCAAUCUGGGCCAAACACAGCACUUCUUGUAUUUAUCGCCAUGAUUUCAUCAAAGAGCUGCCCUUGUAUUCAGUAUACUUUCAGCUAUUCCCAGAGCUUAUUUCUGUCCACCCUGUUAUAAAUCCUUUCCAUCUUUAAUAAAUGUAACAUUUAAAACAAACUCAACACUACAAAAACUAAUUACAAGCAAACCAAGUCAAAGUCUUUCUACCCAUUUCAACCAUAAGCAACAUCCCCAAUAGGCAUUAACAUGGAAAAUAAGGUAGACCAUCAUCCCAGAAGGUGUUUGCGAAAUAGAUGUGUCUUUAAAUCCGUUUUAAAGGACUCCUGUGUCUGGUUGUUUCUGAGAUCAACAUUUAUACUAAAUUGUGAAGUUUGAAGACGACCAAUCACAGCUUUGCAGGUUUUCUCAAGUGUUCAAAAUUUGACUUCCGGCUAAAAGUUUAGACUUCUGGGUGGUGUAAUAAUAUAAAACACUCGUUUUUCUUAAUUAACAAAAAAAAAAAUGUAAUAAUUUUUAAAACGAAUGCCAACGUAAAAAAUUAUAGUUAUAGAUUUAAAAUUACAAAAUAUUUCUGCUCUGUAUACAAAUUGUAUAACAUAUUUAUUUAAAGUGUUGAACUCUCAUCGCCAUCUUUAUGUCAAUUUUAUAUAAAAUAAAUGACCAAUCUUUUAAGUCGUCUUUAUAUUUAAGGUAUAGCAGUUGUCACUUUCAACCAAAGACUGGGUUACCUAAGUGACGAAGGGGACAAAGAAUCGGUCAGGUUUCUGGAAGCUGUUAAAAGUAGCAUUGGACUAUUGAACCAAUAUAUUUCUGGCAAAGCACUAUCUCCCAACUGGUACAGAAGCUCAUUGUACACAGAGUUUGAAAGAGCGUUUGGUCUCAUGUUCAGGUUGGUUAAUCUAUAGUCUUAUGCACAGGAUGGUGAACGUAUAGUCUUAUGUACAGUUUGUGGAAUGUAUAAUCUUAUGUACAGUUUGGUGAAUGUAUUGUUUGGUAUUUAAAGAUGCCGUACUUGACUUUUCUCUCUCAUGUAAUAGUUAAAACAUACUUAAGUCUAUAGUAGAAUUUUUCAUCUGAUAUAUUAAAAUAAAAAUUAUAAUAUCCUUUAAAUUUAGCAAACAUAUUAUUUAUAUGUGGUUAAAAAAUCAUCAAAUAAUUCCAGAAUCUCAGAUAAACACGUAAGAAAAGCCAAGGAUCUCAUUGAACAGAAGACAAGGGACGGAACUCUGAAUACAGAGGAGCCUAACUUACUUCUCUCCCUUGCCUCAGAGAAAGGUCUUUCCGAAGCUGACGUCAGUAACAUCAUGCUCUCAUUGUACGUUGGCGGGACAGACUCGGUGAGUACUCUAUAUUCGGAUAUCUUGUGUGUACGGGGUUGAAUGAUGCAGUAAAUAUUUUGUAUUCGGAUAUCUUUUGUAUUUGGGUGUUGGAUAAUAGUGGUUGUAUCAUUUACAGGAACUGUUUAGCUAGUCCUGUUAAAUAUCUAGCGCAGCGGCUCUCGGCCAUUUUGAAUCCCCACACCCUUUGAUUAGACUUUUAAUUUAUGCGUUCCCCUUCCCCUAUAUUUAAUUAUAUCUUCUUUUAAAUAAUUGGGAUUUAAAAAAAACAACAUUUUUUCCCCCUUUUCCUCCAUUAUCAUUAAAAUUUUCCAUACCCCAAGUGGUCCGUCACGAACCUCGGGUACGCUUACUACAGGCUGGGAACCACUGGAUUAGAGUCCCGUGUGCUCUAAUUUGACUUAAAAUGUAUAGUUAACAUGUGCCGAAGGACUGUUUUAGUUGGAUAGGCAGUAACUUAUAAAAAGAAUAAAGAGUCUUCUAGGCUGAUAGAGAACGCACACAAUGACAUACUAAGACAAGAUAAUUUUUUAAAAACUUCGUAUUUGAUUAUUUCUUUAAGAUUUCUAUUUCCAACAUGGAAAUAGUUCUCUUAUGAAGUAAUAAAAUAAUGAUGCGGUUUUAAAAAAUAUAUGUUUCAGCUUGAUUGAACCUCGCAAAGCUUGGCUAAUGACAUGACAUAUUAUAAAAGUGAACUGAAACAUUCAAAGGGAUUUAAUGAGACUAAACAUUGGCACAUACAUGGGCACGAAGUUGGCCACUUACAUAAUGUAUAUCUCAAGGAAAACUCUCUUUUGGUGCUCUCCUUUGAAAGAAAAUUCCGUACCCAUAUAUUUAAGAUGUUCUAAAGUAGAAAAUAAAAUCAAUGAAAAAUAACACUAGGAGACUUCAAUGAAUUUAAAAAAACCAGAUUAAAAGUUUAUAAUAAAAUAUAAUUUUCAUACUUAUUUCAUUUAAAAAAAUUAUUUUAAUGUUAUCAUAAAUGGUUCAUAUGAAAUAUAACCUUUUCAUUUUAUUGUAGUUUGUAAAUUAAUUCGUUUUUUUUUUCCUUUCCAUAAGACAUAGUCAAGUAGAAAGUUUUCUUUUUGUUUUGCAGACAGCAAAAAACCUGCAGGCCUUUUUCUAUAACUUAGCCAAGAACCCAGACAAACAAGAAAUUCUGAGAAAGGAAAUAUUGGAGGUCAUUGGCGAUGAAGGUCCCUUAACGGACCAGGCUCUCUCUAAAAUGACCUACUUAAAGGCAUGUCUUAAAGAAUCUUUCAGGUGACAUUUGUCUUUAGUCAAUACAUAUUGAAUAUUUAUCCUUAAUUUUUUACUGUUUUAUUUAAAUUUGCCUUAAAUAAGUUUAAUUGAUGCAUAUUUAACCUGCUACAAUAAAAAGUGUUAACAAUUUAGUUUAAUCCGUUUAAUAUUUUCAUAAAAGUAACAGAAAUCGUUCAUUUAUGUAUGUAAACAAAAGAAGUUUUUCAUUUUUGCUUGCAGAUUAUAUUACCCAACAGCUAGUGGACCUAGCAGGGUAUUACCCGUGGAUGUCGUUCUCAGUGGAUACAAAGUACCAGCUGGUGUAGGUGAUAUGUUUGUAAUAAAUUAAGAAAUAUUUAAAAUUAUUUCAUCGAUUCAAAAAUAUAGGUACCUAAAAAACCCUACAAUGUUUUGAAGCGUUUAUUAUUGACCGAUCUUACCAAACAAACAAAGAAACAAAUAUCAACAAAAACGAAUUUGAAUUAAGAUGUAUUUGACAAACAUGUGGGGAUAAGAUAGAAGACUGUCACACCUUAAAUGGAUCUGACAAAAUAUAAUCCUAACAAGACUAUUUCAUUUUUUUAGACAACUCUAAUGAUGUUUAACCCAAGGCCCUCCAGACUGAACUUUGAAGAUCCAGACAAGUAUUUACCAGAACGAUGGCUCAGGUCCAAUGAAAGCAGGAAACAGGACUCCACCAAUAAAAUGGCCGUGCUGCCCUUUGGUCAUGGUCCAAAAAACUGCGCUGGUCGACGUUUUGCUGUUCAAGAAAUUUAUCUGGCCACUGCUAAGGUAUUGGGUUAAGAGAUUAAACUUUACACUGUUAAAUCUUUGUGCAUCGUCAUAGCAAUGACGUCGAGAAGAAAGACUGCAUUCUGAGUAGGAAAUGAUUAAAAACAAAGUAUGGUCAAACAUGAAAAAAAGAACACAACAAAACAACGAACGUGUCGGCAGGAAGCCUUCAUUAACUCACAAACAAUAGAUAACAACAGAAUUAAAAUGUUUAAAAAUAGCACUUAGCUGAAAAGUAGUAUGUAAAAGGGCAGGAGAAGAAUUUUGAAGACAAUAAGUAGGUAAGAGAUUAAAUACAGACUAAAUGGGAAAUAAAAGCGUUAAAGUUAGUCCAUUUGGAUUGGUCGCAAUGUGGAGGGGGUGGGCAAAGGCUCAACCUAUGAAUGAGGACAUGACGUUUAUGGCAGUGGUGUCAAGGUUUCAUAGGUCAGGAUACGCUUGCUACAAACACACUCGGCUGGGUGUGUUUGUGCUAGUCACGAUCGCACUAAUUGUAAAAUCCGCCGUGAUCUUGAGGUCACUUCUACUGCAGUAUUUAGAGACGGACACUGUUUAUCUUCCAUAAUAUUACAUAGGCGUUCAGUGUCUCUGUGAGAGAGUGAGCUUCUUGUCUCCCCUAUGUACCACAUCUAGCAAGGGUGCAAACAAUGGCAUAGACAACAUUGCGGCUGGUACAAAGGAAACCGUCCCUUUUAUGAAAUCUGCCCUUAGGGAAGGGUAUCUGUUAAGUCUGGACGAUAAAACUGUAAUUAUUGUAACGGCUGCGUCUACAUGGCUUGGUCCCAAAGUGGGAGGGGACAGCAUUGAUGCAUCUUCACAUAAGGAGGUCUCUUGUAUUUUUUCACGUCUGAGAGCAAUGAGAGGCGGGAAGAGAAAAUGUAACGUGUGUCAGUGUCAGCCAGAAGUGUGGCACUGUUUUUAAGGAAAAGACCUUUGGCCACUAGAUUAUGAGGAUAUAAGUGUGACAAAAUUUGGUCUUGUAAACAUUGUCCCUCGGGCGUUACCUAAGGGCAUCUGCACGGAUAAUAUUCUUAACCCGUUGUAGGACUGAUAAAUUUACUGUGUACGGAAAUGACCUUCAUCGGAAAUAGUCGAUCAUCUCGAGUGUUUUGUCCCAAAAUGUAUCCUCCGACCGACAAAGUAAACGAAGGCAAAGUAAUGGAGAAAAAGGAAGGGAACAUUUAAGGGAUUUACUGUGGGAGGAAGAGUAGAGUAGAUAGCUGUGGCUGUCAGUAGGUUUAAAGUAGGCGGAAGUGAGUAGGCUGUCUUUCGGAAGGUUGACAGUAAUGUCCUAAAGCCUGACUGAGGUCUCAGAGACAAGAGAUGUGAAUUUUAUGGAGAGGUGAAAUAAAACUAUAAAGUUAAUGAAUUGGUAAAGUUCACUCCUCUUCUUAUUGGUGACCCUAAAACCGUCCUCAUUGUACCUCCUAUAGAAUUCAGGGAGGCUUUCAGUGUAGUUUCCCUCACCCAUGUGUUCAAAUGUGUCCCAUAAACAAACAUGCGUAGCAGGGUCCCAAUUUAGUCCCCUUAGCAACAAGACUAAUUUGAUCGAUGAUUAGACCACCAAACUUGACUUUCAGACAUGAAACAACUGCCCCUUUCAUAAAGGUCCUUCUUUUUCUAAACCUUAAGGGCCCACGAUCAAUUUAUUGAUCAGUUUGGCUCCUAUGCAUGUAGAUGGGAUUUGCAAUGUUUCUGUUCCUGGUGUUGAUGAGGAAAUUUCACUGAUUUCUAGUGUCACUUUUUGAGGGAAUCAUGCACUAGGGGUCCGAAGGCUUGAGGCAAUAGACUUAAAUGUGUCUAGUGUUGUCACUUCAACCGCUCCUGAUAUGAAUGCUUUAAAUUUUAAGAAAACAAAAUACCGAGUAUCUGCAUAUUAUUUUAAAGAUCUUGUCUCUCUUUUGUUCAGGUUCUCCAGAAGAUGAAGAUAGAGUUAGAACCCGAAUCCUGGAACACAAAGUUCAAGUACACAGCGUUCAUUGAACCAGAAAAACCGUUGAAAUUUAAAUUUUCAAACCUGUAAAAUAAUAAUAAUUUUGUCGUUAAUGACAUAAAAAAUGAGUUAUAAAAUACUUUUAAUCCACUGAAGAAAUAAAAAAAAUGUGUAUUUUAUUUAAAUACAGAUGACUUGAAAGGUAAUAUUCAAACACCCCACUCCUGUAAUACACACAAAAUCUUUGUUCUCCAUUAAUUAAAUAUUAAAACUAGAAGACAGGACCCGAUGUUCCUGUGAUAAUAAUGGAAGUCAUUUUGUUAAAUAUUCUACUUGCUAUUGCAAAGUCUCAACAUUUAACAUUUUACUAACAACAAAUUCAUACAUAUAUAACUGAAAACUGAAAAAGUACAACAAUUUUUGACGACCUUGAAAUAUAUAUUUAACAAUUUGGCAUUAACUCAAUUUGAUAUAUUGGUAUCCUCAUUGGACAUUUCUCAUAUCUAAGGAAGAAUCUCUUUACUAAUUAUUACAUUUAAUAGCCUUGAGUUUCUUUUUAUUUUUUAAAAAGAAAUAUUAUUAAUCUCAUAAAAAAUUUGCAUCCAAGUUUAAGACAAAGAAAAAGUAUGUUACUACUAUUUUGCGAAAACAACAUUAAUAAUUCACAUUCUCCUCAUAAUUGAUUUACGAGCUAAUUUAUCAAAGGCUGAAUGUCCCACUUUGUCUCUACUUUACCUAGCCAAAUAUUUACAUGACUGAAUGUCCCAGCUUGUCUGUAUCGUAGCUGUCCAACAUUUACAUGGCUGAAUGUCCCAGUUUGUCUGUAUUGUACCUAGCCAAACAUUUACAUGAAAAUUUAAACAUUUGGUUUUAAAGUUGUACAGGUCAAACAAAAUUUUAAUAGAUUUAAUAUAUACAUUUUUGUUAAUGAUUUAUUUUCCCUUCAUGUUGAUAUAAAUAAACAUGGGGGACAAUGAACAAAAUAAACCAAAAUUAGACAUGUGUGUUAUUGUUAAAAACUUAUUAAAAUCAAAAGACUAUGUCAUUUU